UCUACUUUUGAUAUCAACAAGCUUAAAUAGCUAGAACAACAAACCGAGAGAGAGAUGGCUGCAGCAUCACCAGUGGCUAAAAUCGAACCACGGCCUUAUAAUUGCAAUCUCAUUACAAUUCUGAGCAUUGAUGGCGGAGGAGUCAGAGGGAUAAUUCCUGGCAUCAUUCUUAGCUUCCUUGAAGCACAACUUCAGGAAUUGGACGGGAAGGAUGCGAGAAUCGCCGAUUACUUCGAUGUGGUGGCAGGAACAAGCACGGGUGGUCUGGUGACGGCUAUGCUUACCGCUCCCGGCCGGAACAACCGACCCCUCUUCUCAGCCAAGGAUAUUGUUCCCUUCUAUCUCGAACACUGCCCCAAGAUCUUCCCUCAGUCCAGAGGCCUAUGGGGUAAGAUGAAGAAGCUGGUUGGUGCCAUCGCCGGACCUAAAUAUGACGGCAAAUAUCUGCGUCAGCUCGUCAAAGACAAGCUUGGAGACACCAAAUUGCACCAAACUGUGACUAAUGUGGUCAUCCCUGCCUUCGACAUCAAAUUUCUUCAGCCCACCAUCUUCUCUUCGUUUCAGCUGGCAAAGGACAUCAGUUUGAAUGCUCCCCUGCAUGACAUAUGCAUCAGUACGUCUGCUGCCCCAACGUACCUUCCUGCACACCAAUUUGAAACCACAGAUGAAAAUGGAAAGACGCUGAGGAGGUUCGACCUUGUUGAUGGAGGCGUGGCUGCAAAUAAUCCAACGUUGGUGGCAGUGAGUGAAGUUUGUCGCGAAAUCUUCCGCCGAAAUCCGAAUUUCUUCCCAGUUAAACCUAUGGACUACGGAAGGUUUCUGGUCAUCUCUCUUGGAACAGGAACGGCAAAGAUUGAACAUAGAUACAGUGCUAAAGCAGCUGCAAAAUGGGGUUUAUGGGGAUGGCUUUUGAACGAUGGAAGCAGCCCUUUGAUCGAUACGUUCACUCAUUCGAGUGGAGACAUGGUCGAUUUCCAUCUCUCCGUCGUCUUCCAAGCACUUAACUCUGAACAACAGUAUUUGCGGAUCCAGGAUGACAGUUUAAGCGGUAACACGUCUUCGGUUGACAUAUCGACGAAGAAAAAUCUAGCGAACUUGGUGAAGGCUGGUGAAGCUCUGUUGGAAACACCAGUUUCACGUGUGAACUUGGGGACAGGUGAGUUUAAACCCACAGAGAAUGAAGGCACCAACAAAGGUGCACUUAUCAGGUUUGCAAAGCUGCUGUCCGAAGAAAGGAAACUCCGGCAACUGAGGGCAGCAACCGCCAUUGCCUGCAGCGUCUCAUUCAUACCUUCUCCAUUGCGCGGGGGCUUUGCUGCCAUCUGCGGCUGGGUUGCCAUUAAUGAAGGCAUUGAAGGUUAUGAUGAGGAGUUUGGACUCACACAUCAUAUAUCAUGGCAUGCUUCUGUAUCACGUGUAUGGACGUUGUUGCAUACAUUCUGGAGAACUGAGCAGCAGUACAACAACAUCACGAUGACACAGCAGUUAUUAGUGAUCAACUGA